AUGUGCCGUAACAUUGGCGCGCUGCUUGCCACUGCUGAUUCGACCUCGGGCUUCAGGGAAAUGGAGGUCGGGGCGCCUGAUGCAAUCGAGUCCAAGACUGCGAAGGAAGUCUUGCUGAGAAGUCGUUCCUUUAACGGGAUUGAGGAACAUGAAGAUCGGUCGCGUCUUCUUGGAGGAGUUGUUAGCGAGCUCAUCACUAGGUUCACAUCAGCCAUAGCCGAGAUUGGCGGCACCAUCGACGCUCAUCUCCGCGCCCUGGUUGGUGAACUUACUGCUGACCCCAUCGUCUGCAAGUGGGACAGGGAAGUCGACCGGAUGGUUGAGGAUUACUACAAAGGCAGAGAACGUCCUGAAGGCGACUUCGUGAGCUUGACCAUUAAGCUGCAUGGAACCCCAGGUUUUAGGAACAUCCGACCUAAACUCAAGCAGUUCAUCAGGCGUGUCCCGUUCUCUUUCCUAAAGCUACAUAAUGAUGGAUGGGAGAAUGGCAUUGCAGAUACUGCAAAAUAUGCCUUCAUGCUGAAGAUGGAUCCGUUGUAUGAGGAGUACGGGUACGAGCUCGAAUACCAGAUGUUCAUCUCGUGGAUCCUGAAGCGCAAAAAUCCUGAAGAUAUUGUAGCGGCAUUUUUGAGUGAGGGUGAGUCGUCUUACAAUUUAGAUGUCGUCAAGAACACGGUAGCCCGCUACAUGGAGGUCAUUACUCGCAUGAAGAAGAUUCUUCCCCGAUAG